GUUCCGUAGCUGGCAGCUGGUCUUUUUCAUUCCCCUCCUGUCCUUGGCGCCCCACUAUGUAUUCUCUCUCCUCCCUCCUUUCCUCCUUCCCCCUUUUGACUUUGCCCGUGUCGUUCUUUUCUACUCUGUUACUGCGCAUGACUCCGAAGCACCCUUCCACACUUAAGUUAGGUAGUCUCUGUACAUUUCGUUGGGACAGGCUAAGGCGCAGAUCAGCCUUCAUAUCCAUCAGCGCCUGCCCAUCAAAUGCCCAGCCUUUUGUCGCCAUUUCUCCAAAUCACUCCAGGGGCGAAGGUGUCGAGUGGAACAUCCAGGUCUUGAUGGCCUUCCAGCUUGAUCGUGACACGACCCGACAGUCUCAGUCUCAAGAAGAGGAAUAGGGCACACUUCCAUCCAUUGCAGGGCCUUUUCCUGUAUUAUCGUGAUCAUCGCUUAGUGCAACCUAGGGGAGGAAGAUAGAUGCCUAGUAUUCUCCCAUAUCCGGCCGGGUGCAGGCCAUCCUAUCGAUGCAGCAACCUAAUAACGAAACACCGUUUCCGAGAUCUUUGUCAAGUCUCCAACCUUUGCGGCCGACGCUAGAAAACCGCCCCAAAUAACUCUCCCAUAACUCGGGAUACCGUACUGGGAGGUCGUCCUAUUAUAUGAGCCGUCUGAGCAGCGUG